AUGGCCGCUUCAGCCCACCACUCGACCGCUCGCUGUGUAGAUCGCGACGCUGCCUGGCGCCUGCGGCCGCCGUGCCGUCCGUGCGCUAGCUCCAACGUCUCGUCCGCCUCGGACAGUAGCUCCAGCACCUGCGCUAGCUCCGACUUUGCGUCGCUCGCAGCGGCCGCAAAGGCUCGCGUCUUGGCAGGCCUCGCCGCCUCUCUCCGCUCGGCCGACGGCUGGGAGGCGCGCGCGUCAAGCGCAGAGGAGUUCGCUGCGGCGACAGGCCGCGCCGUCCUAGGCCUCGGUCCUGCGGAGCUUGCCGCCGUCCGCGAGAAGCUGCUGUCGGACGGAGUGCGGCGGCAGGAGGAGCUGGCGUCGGCCGAGCAGCUCGCGGCUGCCGUGUUUGAGCGAGCACUGUCUGGCAAGCUGAUCGAAGAGGCGCAGCAGUCGGGAGACUACUGGGGCGGCGCGUCCGCGGAGGCGGGAGGCUGGCCGCUGGCGGCCGCGGUCUACGACGGCUCGCGGGCGCACGCGGCCUUCUACAAGCCUCACUUGGACUGCAAGGAGCCCGCCUCGAACCCGCGCCGCCUGACCGCCAUCCUCUACUUGCAGCCGCCCGGCUGGGACGGCGGCGGCGAGCUGCGCGCGUGGCGGCGCGACGGCGAGGCGGUGGAGAUCGCGCCGCUCGGGGGGCGACUCGUGCUCUUCCGCGCGUGCGACGUGCUCCACGAGGCAGCCUGGGAACGGUAA